GGAGUCGGCAAAAAUAAAAAAUGGCGCCCAGCUCGAAAUCUGAGAAAGAUAACAACAAACAAAAACAACAGCGAAAAUACAAAGACCAUAUCAUCAAACUCCUCACGCGUGGGCGGCUGAAUGGACAGCUCUCUCAACGGCUUUUCCGGAAACUUCCUCCUCGUGUGUGCAUCCCGCUGAAGACCAUCGUCAGUGAGGAGUUCCUCAGAGCAGGGCACAUAUUCCUGGGCUUCACUAAGUGCGGUCGUUACGUGCUGUCUUACACAAGUGACUGUGGAGAGGAUGAUGAUUUCUCCUUCUACACGUAUCACCUGUACUGGUGGGAGUUUAACCUGCACAGCCGCCUCAAACAGGUGCAUCAUGUGCGAUUGUUUGCGGGUGAGGAUAUUUACAGUGACCUCUAUCUGACUGUGUGUGAGUGGCACAAUGAUCAUUCCAAGCUGGUUGUCUUCGGCUUCAACACGCGCAGCUCCAGUUCAGCCCUGAUGAACAUGAUGAUGAGUGACGAGAACAACAGAGACAUUUACAUCACCAUUACCUCAAUGCCUCCAGCACAACCCUGCAAACAGUGCUGCCCAGCCUCAUCUGUAUCCACCAUACGCACCGGAGGGGAGUGUCUGCAGCACGGUUAUGUUCUCAACGCUCGCUAUCAGGUGGUUUAUCCAUUCCCGACGUUCCAGCCGGCGCUGCAGCUGAAGAAAGACCAGGUGAUUCUACUGAACACCAGCUACUCUCUGGUGGCCUGUGCCAUCUCCCUCUGCCCAGGAAACGGGCAACAGGACAGUCAAAAUAAUCAGAUUCUGUACAGAAAGAGAGAAGUUCCUUCCUCUUCUUCUACAUCUGCUGGACCUGUAUCUCCAUCUUCAUCCUCCUCUUCAUCAGCCUCGUCCCAGGGGUCACCUGACAUCAGACAGAUAAAGCCUCAUGUCACUCCGCUCUCCGCCGUGCGAGCCAGAGAGUUUGCGGCUGAUAUUUUCCGGCGAGCUCAGGCCGGAGCAAGAGAUGGAGAUGCUGAUGGACGAAAGAGAGACCGUGACCGGUGCAAAGUCAAAGAGAAAGGAGAAGACCAAGCGAGAGAGAGACAUGAGCGAGACCCUGAGGACCCUGGACCCUCUGCCGCCGCCUCAGAACAGAACCAAAGUUUAGCUCCACCCACAGAGCCAGAGGACAGUGUGAUGUGUAACACAGUCGUGUCUCAAGGGUCCACAUCCCCUGUGUCCUCUCCAUCUCCUCAUGCUCAUGAGUCUUCAUCUUCCUCCUCGUCAGAGCCAGCUUAUGUCAACUACACCACUCUGAGAUACAGACUACAGCGGCCCGGAGCAUCAGAACAGACAAACGGAGAAGAUGAUGAUGAUAAAGUUCAACUUCCUUUCAGUGUGACUGACCUAAAGGGGCGAAACUUGCAUCUGGUGACCGGACCGUACAGUGGACAGUGUGUGUGUAUCGAGCAGCUGACGCUGGAUUUUGAGUAUCUGAUUAACGAGGUCAUCCGGAAUGAUGCUGAUUGGGGCUCUCAGUUCUGCUCCUUCAGUGAUUAUGAUGUUGUCAUCCUCGAGGUUUGUCCGGAGACAAACAUAGUGGUAAUAAACAUUGGACUAUUGCUGCUGGCAUUCUCUAACUGUGAGGACGAACACUGCAGACCCAAGUCCUAUCACUCUAGUCUGCAGGUCAGCUGGGACCUAAACACAGGAGCGUGCCACACAGUCGGUGUGGGUGACCUCACCGAGGUCAAAGGUCAAACCAGUGGAAGUGUGUGGAGCUCUUACAGGAAGUCGUGUGUGAACACUGUCAUGAGGUGGCUCGUCCCAGAGAGCAGCUCACGCUACAUCAACCGCAUGACCAAUGAAGCUCUGCACAAAGGUUCAUCUCUUCAGGUGUUGGCUGAUAAUGACAGAGGCACGUGGAUUGUUCUAUGAGAGAGAAUCACACAAACAACCGCCCCAUAAGAGCUGCUGUGCUGUGGGACCCACAGAGGUUCAGGACUCAAGAUAUGAUCAAACAGUCACACAUACUCUCUACAAUCAACGCACAUCUCUCAGUGUUUGUCUUGUUUUUUACAUGUAUCUGUGUGAUAGUGUAGAAACGUUCACUUCUUCAGGAUAUUUCAGGGACAUACAGUGAAUUAUAUCAAACUAUCACUUUCAUGAACAGCCACAUAAAGACAUUUUUGGGCCUAGCAAAUACAUGCUGCUCAGACCACCUUAAAUGCUUGUAAUAGCACUGGGAUCAUCUUGUUCUGUAGACCUUUAAUGUGUCAUCUCAUUUUGAAAAGUUGGACAUAAAAUAUGUCCAAAUAUAAAACGCCAACUGUCGUCUGAUGUACUAAAACGUCCCUGUUCCCUUGAAUAUCUGAUUGCAAUGAAAUGAAUUUCUGGUUCAUAUUGUGUUCCUGUUUGAAAAUACUCCAAAGUAGGUAUUUGCUCAUUUUGAAGUGAAAAGUGUUUGGUUUUGGCCAAAAAGCAUUGCCUGAUAAUAUUCUUCCUAAUUGCAGAGAAGGGACCUUUUUUUUGGGGAUAAAUCUAUGUUGUUUGUUUGAUUUGUUGCAGGAUACAGUUUACAUUGUUUAGGACUUGUAUCGAAGGACUGUGUAAUCAGCCAAUCAGAAGCUGUAGCUCCUCUUUUUUUCUUUUUAAAUACUGGUCGUGGCCUCACAGCUGGACUGGAUGAGUAUAUUGUUUUUACUCAGUAUUGUUUUUAUUUUUGAUAAAAAUUAAAU